CUAAUGCCUACUAUUAUAAUAUUGAUCAAAUAAGUCCGUAUCCAGUAGUAACCCAUUUAGUAAAACACCAGUUAACGUCAUAUUGACUUUUACAAAUAUUUAUUUAUUAUUGAAAACUAAAAACCAGCUGAUUUUUUUUUAUACUUGCACCCAGAAAUAAUUUUUUUAACUAUGCCUCCAGUUUCCAGGCACUGUUUCCCUUAUAGGCCAAACGAUUUUAUGUACGAUCCAAUAUUCACUGUAUCUGGGCCAACCGAUCAUUAUAAAGCAGUACUAGUGGCCAAAAUGUCCGCAGCUAAAUUCCAAAUAUGUCCGAUAUUCCCGAAUAUGUUCUCGGACCUUCCGAACUACCCACGUGUACAACUAGUGAAGAGAAGGGACAAACCUGUACCAAGUUACCAAGACAUUCAAAAAUCGAUAAAUAAAAAAAAGGACCCAUACAUACAACGGCCUGUAGAUGUGCGAGGAUCUGACAGAGCCAGAUUCUGCGUUACGGUCAUGAAUUUCCCGCCGAAAGACUCUUUGCCAUUCCAAGAAUCUCCAACUUUCACCAUUGAACAAAUAAAAAAUAAAGCCACCGAAGAAGUUACCAAUGCUAAAACAAGAGACGUUGAAGUGGAAACCAUAUUCAGAGAAUCCAUCGCCCAAACUGACCCAUGGGAGCCUCCGUACAAGGUCACUGGGAAAGGAGACCCGGAAGUUUUAAAGCUAGAUUUCUUAAAAUGGGGUAGCGGUUUGCCGGCAGGAAUGCACGAAAUUCAACUAAUAGAACGAGCUAGAAUGAAAGUCGCUUGGGAGAAAUACAUAAAUCCCAAUAUCUUAGAUAAACAGUCAAUCCAACAGUUCAGGGAGUACAUGCAGGCGCUCGAAAUGGACGAAUGGGCGUUCAGAGAACAAGAAAUAUCCGAAAUUCAAGGUCUUCGACUACAACUUUUAGAAAACAUGCUCAACGAGAUACAUGACAUGAGCAACGCCAGAAACCUGAUGAAGAUGAAUCACGUCAUCGAACGGAUACAGAAACAAAAGGAGGAGAAGCUGGCACAAAUGAGGAGAAAAUCGUCUAGAGAAUUGCGCAAGUUAGAAGUCGAGCGUAGAGGCUUCCAGAAGAGAUAUAAGGAAAUGAAUGUUAUAGAUGAACACCACGACAAGAAAUCCGAAAUUUACGCACCGCUUAUGAGACAUGGAGAACAUCCGAAACGUUGGCAUCUAGUCAUCGACGAGAAAUUAAAGCAGUACAGGGCGCAAUUUAUAGGUGUAGAGAACAUUAGCACCCUGCCCAAAUGGUUGGACCAGGCCACAAGAAUAGACAAACGCACUUUAUAUUCCAACUGGCCGAAACGUCGUAUUUGCAUAAGAGAAACCAAAUGGACUGCGCCAGUUUUGAAGACACUUCACGAUGAGUUAAGAGACCUAAGAAAAGGUGCAGAGAACCGCCCUUUGUCUUUGCGAACGAAACUAAAACAGGCUAUAGAAGAAGCGCAUACACCAGAGGUUGAAGGUAUACCGAUAGAGAAAGAGCAUCUGUACCAAGCUAUUAUUGUACUACAAAAAGUGAUAAAAGGACGCGCUGCUCAAGCAACGAUUUACGAAGGAAGAGAUACGUGCAAAGAGCUCAUUCAGGAAUUGAAGCACUCAAAAGGAUUAAUGAAAAACCAGAAAGAGCGCAAGAGGAGAGACAAAUUCAAAGUCAAAACUCAACAGCGAGAAGAAACUAUACAAAUGAAAAUGGUGGAAAAACUACAAGGAUCUCUUGGCAAACUUCAAGGAAUCGUCGUAGGAUCCCUCUUGGACUUUUUGAACAAGGAACUCAGACGGCUACUCGAAGAACGUAAAGCGCACGCGAUGUGUCUCAUCAACGAAAGGGAACGGUACAAAAGAGAAGCGGUGGAAGCGGGACGGCGACAAAAAGAAUUGCGAAGAAGACGUGAACACGACGAGAUGUUCAAACAAAUCGUUAAAAUCACUCAGGAGAGCGUCGACGUUUACUUGAAGGACAUCAUUACGGAAGGAAUGGAAUUCUGUUCGAAAGAAGAAGCGACUGAUUAUAUUGAGAAGUUGGCUGUCCAAAUUGAAAACGAAACAGACGAGUCUUAUAAUUACGAGCCAACCAUCGACGAACAAGACGAACUCAUAGCGAAUCUGGUCCUUCACUUUGUACUGCCCGAUGUUCAGAAAAAAAUAGUUCGUGAAAAAAUAUCAAACAUACAGAAACACCGUUUGAAAUCCAUUCAUGACAGUAUUUAUUCUAAAAUUGAAGACUUACCUGCACCUGUGUAUCCAGAAGCUACAUCUGAAGAAAUCGUUGCCGAUAUAUUGGAAGAAUUGAUAAAAAAGGUAGAAGACGAAAUAGAAUGGAAUAUCCAAGAACGCGAAUUACAUGCUCUGGACCUUGACUUAAUAGAAGAAAUGAAAGUUGAGGAAGUACCUAAAAGAAAAAGUAUGGGUAGUGCAAGAAGUAAAAGAAUAAGUGUCCAGUAUAAGGAUUAUCCGGAUCCUAUGGAACUAUAUAUGUCACAGUUGUUAUAUGAAACAGUAGAAGAUGAAUCUGAAGAAGGAUUUGAUUUGCACCAUUAUCAAGGAGAUGAAGAUUUAACUUUCAAAAAUGCAACUUUAGCUACUAUUCCCGAAGUUGAUAAUGAAAGUUCUGUUAAAGAUUAAUUUAUAAAGAUUUGUUGAAAAUAUACAUUUUAAACUAAAAAAUACCUGUAGA